AUGUCACUCGGUCGCCUCGCCACGCUCGUCCUCUUUGCCGCCUCGUGCGCGCCCUCGCUCGCCCACAGCGAGCUCAAGGUUCGCCAGUCGGACGACAGCGACGCUCUCGACACGGCGUGGACCGUCAUCAAGGACCUCGGGAUGUCGGCCAUCGAGUGUCCCUUGGACUGCUCGUCGUUCCUCCUCUCGAUGGCUCGGUGCUCGGGACGGAUCGCGACCCAGAUCAGCUUCACGGCCGGCCUAGAGUGCAUCUGCGAGGACGUGCCGACCGGGCUCGACAAGUGCUCGGCGUGUACGAGCGAGCGCGACUCGACAGAGGCGACCUCGGGUGGCACGGCCCUCGCGUCGGACUGGAUCGACUCAGUGUGCGGCAUGAUCGGCAUGGAGCGCAGCUCGUCGCUCGACGCCUCGUCGACUUCGACGACCGCGGCGCCGGAGACGUUCACGGCCAUCGACUCGUCCAACGAGGCAAGGACGACGAGCUUCGUCACGAACGGCGUCCCCGUCGACAACGUCAUCCCGCUCGAGAGCCGCAUCUCGUACCUGAGCGUCGCGUCCGCCUCGUCGGCGAGCCUCGUCUCGCUCGUCUCGGCCGCGAGCGUGAGCGCCGCCGCUCUGUCGAGCUCGGCCGCAGCGCCCUCGUCGACGACGACGAGCGCUGCGACGAGCCAGCAGGCGGCGAGCUCGUCGGUCGACUCGGUGUCGGCUGCGCUCGCUAGCGCGAGCGCCGUGUUGGCGAGUGCGUCCUCGGCGGCGGCGGCAGCGGCGGCAGAGUCGGCCAAGGAGGGCGACUCGUCCGGCGCGAGGAGCGGGAGGGCACAGCUGGGCUCGCUCGUGGGUGCGGGCGUCCUCGCCUGCGGCGCUCUCGCAGUCUGGUAG